AUGCCGUCUCGGUCCUAUAGGAUCGCUCCCGCGCUCUCGGGACGAUCACGACAACGGCUGUCCCCGCGGAUGGGAGUUUUUGUUUUCAGCCGCUUGCUCAGUCGGCAGCACUCCCUCCUUUGUCAUCCCCGCCUCUCGGCCGUGAUGGGGAAGCGGGAACUUCGCGACACCACCAUCCGCGUGCAGCGGGAGGAGGAGGAGAGACAGUGA